AUGGUGAGUCCUCUGGAUCGUGCUCGUCAACGCGGACUCAGCCAUGCGCAGGGCGUGACCAUUGAGAGGAUCUCUCCAGGAGAUGGUGUGAACUAUCCCCGGAAGGGUGACCUAGUUACCAUACACUACGUCGGGACUCUUCGCGACGGGACAAAGUUCGACUCUAGUCGAGAUCGGGGUUCGCCUUUCGAAACCGAGAUCGGUGUCGGGAAGGUGAUCAAGGGUUGGGACGAGGGCGUUCCCCAGCUGUCGCUCGGAGAGAAGGCAGUCCUGACCGCAACGCCUGAUUAUGCAUACGGCGCUCGCGGGUUCCCUCCAGUGAUCCCGCCCAAUAGCACCCUGCAAUUCGAAGUCGAAUUGCUCAGUAUCAACAAGAACUGA